UAUUAUGAAUAUUAUUUUACUACAUUAUUUGUAUAAAUAUUGUUAUAGCCUCAAAGUAGUGGUUUAUUGAAAUUUAUUUUAAAAUACAAAGUCCCUCAAAACUUUAGAGGAAGUCUAGAUUCAAAGUCAGAUUCUUGUUAGGCCACAGACACAGAGGAGUCUACAGCAGCGCUCAGCAAGAGACAGAAGAGAUUUGAAGCUGUGAUAUGAUUGACUGACAAUGGCGGACUGUUGUGGUUUGAAUACUAACAAAGCUCAGCAUGAGAUGCCUUUGUUGGCAUGUUUAUGAGGGAAAGGGGUCUGAAAAAUAUUGAGGCUUCCAUGUAUUUUACACCAUUUCAAUUUUUAAACAAAAAGUCCUUGUCUGACAAAAACUCUGAAACAAUGGAAUGCUUUCCAAUUCAGCUGAUGACAACUGAAUGUAACUAAAAGUUAAAUUUAAUAUAAUAUAUUAUUUAAAACAAGUUACUGCAGAACUCCAGAUUGAGAGGAGGUCCAUGAGCAAGGAGUCUGGUCUUGUCAUAAGCAUGCUGCUAGUUGCUUUGGAUAAAAGCGCCUGCUAAAUGAAAUAACACGUAUUAGGAGGUAAUUGAAGGAAUUAGCAGGAUGACCCGAUCGCUCAAGGCAAAUGGUGGGGCAAAUAGGGUUCUAGUUGGAUCUUUACUGGAAGCACAUUGUGCGCGAGCAGCGGCCGCCCAAUGAAACGCCGCACAGACGCAAACGCUCCGGAUUGGUCGAGAACUCAGCGCACAUUUACAGGCUGAUCUGAGCGAGAGAAAGACUGCUGCACGCCGGCAGAUGAGAGGAGAAGAAACAACUGUUUGAAAGAAAAGAUAAGAAGAAACAUGGAAUCAAACAUGGAGCGAACGAUUCCUGACUUUUCUGGAUCCUGGAAAAUGAAAAGUUCCGAAAAUUUCGAGGAGCUUCUGAAAGCUCUCGGCGUAAACGUCUUUCUGAGGAAGAUUGCAGUUGCAGCAGCCUCCAAACCAGCUGUUGAGAUUACACAGCAGGGAGAAAGCCUCUCUAUUCAGACCUCCACUAGUGUGCGGACCACUCAUGUGUCCUUCACGGUGGGCGAGUCCUUCAACGAGACUACGGUGGAUGGACGCCCGUGCACAAGUUUUCCAAAAUGGGAGACAGACAGUAAAAUCACUUGUGAGCAGACGCUGCAGAAGGGGGAGGGGCCUGAAACAUCAUGGACACGUGAACUGACCAAUGAUGGCCAGAUGAUUCUCACCAUGAGAGCCGGAGAUGUUGUCUGCACCCGUGUGUAUGAACGAGACUGAUGGAUACUUAGACCUCAGUUCAUUCCAUCUCAACUAUGUCCACAGUGUGCUAAAAUACUAGUUUAUCAUUGUACAAAUAGCCUGUUCCUUCCACUUUUUAUAUGUUUCACAUGUGCUAAGUUUGUGUUUUAAAGAAGGAGAGAUGUUUGAAGGGUCAGAAGCGGUACUUGUAUAAAGAUGGUGUGAGUUUGCAUUGUUCUUUUUAAUGCAUUAUCUGAAAUGUGUAUUUAUUGUUGUUGUUCGUGCAUUUUAUGUUGCAGUUUCAUGUAUAUGCCACAAUGUGGCUUAUUAAUCAAAAAUGUUUUUGGCAAUAAACCUUUAUACAAAUAAACCCCCAAAAAUCUCA